CUCCCUUUUUUUAUAAGGCUAUAUGGUAAACUAUCAAGUUUGUGAAAACGACUUCAUUUUUAUUUAAUUAAAUAUGAUGGCAAGAAAGUGCAGGAUGCAAAUAUUUAUAGUUGACACGGAGAAUUUUAGGCACCAAAAAGGCGUCUUUCUCAAUAAAGACUGGAUACAUAAAACAAAUAAUGCGAAUCAGUCGACUGAAGAACUUAUCAAAGGAAUAAUUAACGCUGUCGUGAUAACUCUACGUGGAACACGUUGGAAGAGUUAAAUGUUAUCAAAUUAAAGAUCUAUGGUGAAGAUUAAAUGUUGUCAGUUGUUUUCUCUUUUGGUAAAGAAUAAAAGGUAGAAUGUAUGCUUUAUUAUAAGGACAUAAACUGAUAGAUAACAUGUUCAAGUAUUGUGCUUAUAACUCGAAUAGAUAUAUCUUACUGAGAUGCUCGAAUCUCAUGUAAACAGCCCUUAUCGCAUACAUAUAAAGUUGCGUUAUUUAAAAGAAUAACAUCUCUAGUAAUUGCAACUGUCAUUCAUCUGGAUUAUUAUGGAUUUGAAAUGAUGAAUAAUAUCAGUUUAAGAUGCAGCUGAUCAUAAACAAAGUAUGUAAAUUGAAGGAAGCA